AUUUUUUACUAUAAAUGGGAUUGCAAUGCUAAAUGCUGGCAACUUUUAUUAAGUCAGAAUUUAUUCACGUACGGAUGUCGACAGAGAAAGUGAAUUGGAAGUUUACGAUUUUCGCGAUUAUUAAGUUUAAACAGUGAAAUGAGUAUUUCUGUAUUGUGAGAAAUGCUCUUAUUUUCGUCUAAAGAUUUAAGUGUGUGCCGGUUAAGUGCUUGUUAUUUGGCUAUAAAAUGUUUGAAAGUCGGGGCGACUGACACAUCGGUACUCGCAUGUUUAAAGUAAUUUUUAGGUGUGUUUUGUUGAAUUAGUGUACAGGAUGCCGAGGGGAGAGAACAGGCCGAGCAUCCUGUUGUCUCGGGAAGAGAAUGACCAGGUGUUCAGUUUGAUUGGACCAAAAUGCCAGAGUUUGGCGACAGCAGUGGUCCAGCUGUUUACCACAGAAGAUCCAUCACAUUCAAAAUGGAAGAAGAAGGAUACAGGCGUGCUAUGUCUGAUCAAGGACAAUGGAAAGAGGUCGUACUUCUUCAGGAUAUACUGCCUCUACCGCAAAGCAAUGAUUUGGGAGCAAGAAGUCUACCUUCAGAUCGAGUACAAGAACCCACGGCCGUUCUUACACACAUUCGAGGCAGAGGAAUAUAUGGCCGCAUUCAACUUCGCAAACGAGAAUGAAGCGAAUAUUCUUAGAAAUAUACUCCUAGAGAAAAUCGAACUCAGGAAGAUCAGACGAGAAGAACGUCGACAACGGUCGAUGGUAUCAGCCCGCAGCAGUACUGCGAGUUCAGUGCCGUCGCGGCAGAAUGGGACGCUACCGCCGCCGCCGCCGGAGCCGGAGCCCGCGCCCGCGCCGCCCACCCCGGCGCCCACACCACUCAUGCAGCCCCCGCAGCCAGUGCAGCAGAUGCAGCCCAUACCCGCCAAGACUAAUCACAGCUUAGGAAGCUACACUUUGAAAAGUAAUAAGAAGCAGAAGGGGCGGAAGCUGACGAAGGCUGACAUCGGAGUGCCGCAGAACUUUAAACACAUAUCACACGUCGGCUGGGAUGCUAACAAAGGGUUUGACCUGGACAACGCACCAAAUGCUGACGAGCUACGUUCGUUCUUCACGAAGGCUGGGGUGUCAGAGACCCAGCUACAAGACCAAGAGACCAGAGAGUUUAUAUACGACUUCAUCGAGAUGCAUGGCGGACUGCCGGCCGUCAAACAAGAUCUCGAUAAUGUUAAGACCCCGCGCGGCGCGCUGCCGCCGGCGCCGAGUAUGUCGGCCCCGCCGCCGCCCACGUCGGCGCCGCCGCCGCCCGCGCCGCCCGUGCCCACGCGCAGCCCCGCCCCGCCACACCCGCCCGCACCACCAUCCCGCGCGCCCCCGCCGCCCCCGGCGCGCGUGCUGCCGCCCCCGCUGGCACACCGCACCGCGCCCCCGCGCCCCGCGCAACCGGUAAUAUCGUCGGGUCCCCCGUCAGUGCCCCCGCCUCCGCCGCCCGGGUCGGCCCCGCCCCCGCCUCCGCCAAUUUCCGCAUUGGCGCCCCCGGGUCCGCCACCCCCUCCCCCUCCGCCAGCACCUCCCAGUCCUCCACCAGCGCCUCCAAUGGCGCCCGCGAUGCCGACGGAGAGUGCUGCACCCUCUCCCGCGGCCGCAGACCCCAGAGCUGCACUUAUGGAGAGUAUUCGAAGUGGAACCAAGACUCUCAAGGUGUCUCGGUCCGGCAGUAACAGCGGCAGCGAGCGGCGCGGCGCGCGGCCGGCGUGCGGCCUGGCCGAGGCCCUGCAGCGCGCGCUCGAGGAACGCUCCCGCGCCAUACACUCCUCCGACUCCGACAUGUCCGACGCAACCACCAGCGACGGAGAGUGGGACGACUGAACCACGCCCUAGGUAUCUCUAUACAUUUAUAGAAACAUGUCGAUUGUCAUGUCUUAUGAUUUUUUCUGAGACGACAGAAACUAGGUAUCUCUCUAUAUUUCGAACAUUACACUGUCUUAUGACUUUUACCCAGAUGGUAGAAAUUAUGUUCAAUUCUAUUGCAAACAAAAACUAUUAAAGACUAGUUCUUCGGUCAUUCUUGUCCGGCAUCCAAUGUAUUGAAAAUAAAACUGAGGAGAUAUUAUAAAUUUUUCUGGUAUACUUGAUGAUAUCAAAAGAGUCUUUAUUACGACCGAUUAUUUGUGUACAAAUGUCUUCUACAAUGCCAUUUCGAUUGUCAUUAAGUUCACUUCGGCCAAGUUUAAAACACAAUCAAGCCCAAAAUUAACUGCCAAAGGAAAUUUGUCGAGUUUUGGAUAUUAUAUUUAACGUUUCAAAUACACAAAUUACGUUUAUGACAGAAAGAGAAAUCAUUUAUUUUUACUAUUUUGUGAAACUGUGAUUUCGUUUUAUCGGAGAUUGACAAAAACGCGCCAAAAUAUUACUUUUUUUUAAUUUCCUCACACUAUGACAACGUCACAUUUAGGUAUUAUUUUUAAUUAUCUGUCUUUUAAAUAAAUAUUAACGAAGUUGCAAUAAUAAUUGUUGUGCUAUUCCUUUCUAUAUUUCGUCCUUUAAUUACUUGUAGAUUAAAAUUGUCUUACAAAUCCCUCCAAUAAACCGCGUGCCUAUUUAUUUGUAUAAAAUGUGUUUGGCAAAUAUGAUCGAUAUGAGAAUGGUCCACUAGUGGAGCCUUUCGCGGCUUUACGAUAAAGCCGCGAAAGUUUGGCAGGCAUGUCAAAGUUACGUUUAAAAACAUGUGCAAUCAACGAUGAAAGCUGCAGUGUCGAUUUCUUUUCACGCUAGUCUUCAAAGUAUUCUAUUCUUCAUAAAUUUCUUAAAAUUAUUAUGUGAAAUCAACCAAUAGAAACUUGCUAAAAUAGUCCACUUUUAUCGUUGAUUGUACAUCCUUCUUAGUAAGUAGUUCCACGAACAGGUCAUUUCAAAACGUUAUCAUUAUGUGCGUUUUAGUUUUAUCCUAGUCAAGGAAUAUGUUUAUAUUUAACUUCAUUUGCAAAGAUUUCGCACUAUUACAUUAGACACUAACUGCAGUACUCGGAGACAUCUAAUGACUACUUAAACUAUUCCUUAGUAACGAGUUUUGUUCCGAAAACAAUAGCUAGGGACUGGGUUAAGUAACUAUUGAAUGAGUCUGAGGACGACGGUAAAUUACGAUAUUAUAAGUAUUCAGCUAACAACAGUAUGAAUAAGGUUUAUUUUUAAAUAUUAACUUGUAUAACUACUUCACCUUUUUUAUUGCAACAAAAGAAUAACUAAGAUAUAACAAUCCCAUUGAAGAAAUAGUAUUGUUACAAUCUGUAUUUAUUAUCAUUUAGAUAACUUUGCAUACUUAAAUCAGUUGUAAGUGUAUUUAUUAUGUAUAGUUAUACCAAGUAUUAUUUUUAAAAGAAUGACAGGAAUGUUAAUUAUAAAUAUUGAGCAAUACGUGAUGGUUGAAAGUGUUUUAAGCGUCAUAAUAUCAGUUAAAAUUAAGCGUUUUUUUCUUUAUAUUGUUAUUAUCUUCUUAAAAUAAAAUUUCGAUGUUAAUUAGUAAUUUUUAAAUCUUUUUUCUAAUAAAAAUGUGUGCCAGAGUAGCUAGAGGACUGAGUUAUUACUGAUAAUGGAUUAAAACUAUUUAAACGUUCCUUGUCAGUUCUACUCGGCCCUAGUUGUAUGAAUUUACUUCAGUUCAAAUGUGAUAUUGGAAUAAUUGUGCUCAGCAAUAUUUUUCUCUUUGUAUCGAGUCAAGCAUUUAUGUAUAGGUGUUCUAGUGCAUUGGAGGUAAUGUUUCUUAAUUCGAGGCAGUUGAUAUGUUAAAGAAAACAUGCUUCCAAAGCUGUGGUUAAGUUCAUAGUUAAUACUUCAGCUAAAUUUCUAACGCGUAUUAGAUGAUGGGUAAAUUAUGCUCAGUCACUACCCUUCCUCGAAUUAAGGAAGCCUUACAAUGUCUUUCUUUAUUAGUGUCAUGUGAAUAUUUUCUAUUUUAAGUAAUUAAUUACUUUUUGUAAUAAAUAAUACAAGUUAUUAAUAUUUUUAUUGAUGAAUAUUUUAAAUGUUACGUUUGUGAAGCCGUAGAAAGAAUACGUUUGUAUAUUGCUUUAAAUGUUCUAUUUAAAACACUAACACGUAUCAACAAAGUAUAUGAAGCAUAUAUCGCCUUAUUACAUUAACAAUAUUACAAUCAAAGGCUGACGUACUCUUUCGACGAGAUCACUUAUAUAUUUUAUAUAUACUAUUGAUGUAAAAUGUGUAUAUAAUUGUAGUAGGUAAAUUCUGAUAGACUAAAGUGCUGAUUAUGACUGAAAGCAAAUCACCGUGAUUCUAAAUUAACAAAUUUUGAAGUGUGCGCUGCUGGUUGAUUUGAGAUGGAUUACUAGUUGCAAAACAGCAAUUAUAACUUCACAGUAAAGUUCAAAAUGCUUUGUUUUGGCGACAUAUAAUAAUAUCGAAGCACAUACUUCAUUGUAGUUAGAUAAUAGAAAUUAUUAUGACGUUAUAUUCAUGCGUCUGACAUUAGCAUCCAUAGUUCAACUGAAUGCCUUGAACUGCUCACAUUGAAUUGUCGAUUUUAAUUGUAUCAAUAUUAGGUAUAUUUUUGCAUGAGUCAGUUUUAUUCGUCGCAUUAUAAUUUGAUACUAACAAGCAAUAUAAAUUCUAAAAACCAAUCCACCUAUGUCACUUCGUGUUUAUUUUAUUGGAUAAGUUUAUUUUCUUGCAAGUCAUACUUGUUACUUUUAAUUUUUUAUGAAUAGAUAAUUAUUUAGAUUAUAAGUUAGAUAGGUCCAGUUGACUUAUGAAAGUGAUUCAUUCGGUUCAGUUUUUAGCAAGAAGAAAGUUUGUUGUUUUUCAGUCUCAUUAUAUUUUAUCUACAUAUACCCGAAAUAAUAUGUACUCAUUUGUAUCAGCAUAAUCAUGAAGAAAUCAAGUAAGUCAAUGUAACUCUGAAUAUUGCUCCCGAAUCCAAAACUGUACUAAAAAUUGUAUUGAAUGGAGUUAAAACUAGCGUAAGGGGUAUGACUAUGUAUCUUAAUAAAUAACGAUAGAUAUUUUUAUAACUAUCAAACGUUUACGAUUAAUGUAAUGUACCUGUAACACUGGAAACUUGUGGAUGGCUGGUUAGCUGAGGUAAUCGGGAAGUAUCAAACGGUCCAGCUAACUGCGGACUGUGAAAGCAGAAUGUAAUGUAUGUAGCUACCAGACGUAGCCUAUUUGAUUCUAAAUAAAUUAUUACCUUGUAAAGCAUGUACCACAGAACUAAUCACUAAUUAAUGUUCUACUAACUAUAUCAGUUAGCUUUGUUAAUCAGCUGUUCAUAUAUGAGUAUGUUGACUAAAUAAACAUUAUUAAAAUUUCAAAUGAUCAUUUUAUUUCGUCCAUCAUAAACAAUCCACGUUUGACACAGAAAAAUAAUGGAGAAUUUACUCACAAUUAAAAAAAAGUAAAAAAAAAAAUAACCAGAAAUAAAAGUAACCUCUUUAUAACAUACAGUUGGAAUAAACAUAUUAAUCUUAUAACUAACUGAUCAUAGAUGCUGACUGAACUUAGCUAUACUCUUAUAAUUAUCUACGAGUUACAAUCUAAUGUAUACAAUACAUCCACACCUUUGGCUAACUUGAAAACUGAAAAAUACACUAUUUCUUACUAGCAUUGUAUUUCAAUAAAAAGUUAUUUAACAAAACAAUAUUUUAGUAAACAUUAUUGCAUUUCUCCUAUCUCUGCUAAUAUUCUACUAGAGCUAAAGUCCUAGCUGCUAUAUGUAAUGGGCAAGUUACAAAAUCACUGAACUUUAUUCUGUCGUGAUUUCUAGAGUACUCUUUGUAUCGAAUAAGUUACAUUAUCCUCGUACUAACAUAUCUUUACAUACACACUUGAAACAUAUGUACAGAUUACUAAAAAAAUAACUUAGGAAACAAUAUACCCUAUUUACAACUUAGACAAAUGAUUUCGAAUCCUAUUCCAUAAGCCAAGCUAAAAUAUACAUGCGAUACAAUUUCAUGGAUGCAAUAGAAUUCAAAAUUGCUUGGCCUAACUGUUAACAAAGGGUUCAUCAAUGUUAUUUAAAAUGGAGUAUAAAGUACAAUGUUUAAAGAACUAUAAUAGAUCCGAAUAUUAAGUAAUGAGACUCAUGGAAAUCUAUUCUAGUGUGCUCAGUAGAUUAUUGUACAAAAUUGUACGAAAUCACAAAUAAUAUUGGUCAUAUUGUUUUAAAGAAAAUAAAAUCUUAGAUGGCACUUAAAUUAUAAAGUAAUAAUUUUAAAUACAAUAUGCCUAGAUUUUAAUGCCAUUCAGUAAACUGACAACAGCUAUUGUCAAUUUGUACCAUCGUCAAACUAACGGUGACGGCUUUCGACAGAUCAAAAUAAAUGUAAAUUAAUGAUUUGUACCUGGGUAUCAUUAAUAAAAUAAAUACCUAUGAUAUUUGACAAUACUUGCGCAUUUUUCUUUUUUCUUGCACAUUACACAAAACGAAAGAAAAAUGCGUAUGUUCAAUCUCUCAAUAAUGAUGAAUAGCGCCAGCGAUCAAAAGUUCGUUUUACAAUAACGGACGAUUCGAAUCGAUUUUAUUUAUUUACGUACUUUCCUAACGAUGCAUCGUUACAUCACAAUUAAUAUUUCGUAGAGUCAAUUAUAAGUCCACAUUGAAACUGUAUUUUACUGAAUGGAAUUAAAAGUUGGAAUACAGCAACAUUCUUUACCACUACACAAAAUACCAAUUCUAAUGAUAAAUAGAAUUUUAAUGCCCAAUUUUUUCCGAACUAAUUUCCCAUCAAGAAAGAUAUACAAGUCACUCUCAAAUACAGAAAAUGUACUAUAAAUCGUGCUGGAUUUUACUGUACACAUUUAUAUUUUAACCAACUUCAUGAUUAGAGUAAUGCCUAUUAGAUUAACAUUCUCAAAAACUAGACAUAUAAUUUUGCUCCACUGAGAAUUUCAAAUACUAGAUAAAGUGUGAAAAAUUUAGAUAAUACUUUUGUCCCCACUUGGACCUUAUUCUAGAAGGUAGAACUCACGACCACAACUACGAAGCUAUUCCUUAUCACUCCAAGGCCGUAUUCAAGUUAAGAAGUUACAUAUCACAUGCGACGAAAGAGCUUUAUUCUCUUUUUUUCUCUUUUUUUUCUCUUAAAAAAACGUUGCCCCACACUAGGAUUUUCUCCUGUAUCGUGGGUGCGUUUACAAACAUACAAGUUCACAUACACAAUGACACCCAGACCCGAAACAACAAUUUGUGGAUCACACAAAGUGUUGUCCCGUGCGGGAAUCGAACCCGCGACACGUUGCUCGGCAGCCGGUUGCCCAGCCACCGCACCAACCGUGCAGUCGAAUUAUUGCUGGGAUACUGAGCUAAGACGACUUUUUUCAGUGGAAAAUUCAGUAGUCGGACCCUUACGUUAUUCCUUUAAAUUUAAACCGACCUUGGAGUGCACACAAACCUACAUACAAGUAAUAUUCACAACGAAUUUCACAAAAAUAAAAUAUAAAAUCAACAGUCAAUUGUUGAUUCAAAAACAAUUUAUAUUUACUGACUCUUCACCUCACUUAUUUAACAGAUCGUCUACAAUCACAUGAAUAUAUUUAUACAAGUUCCUGAUAAGUUUGACUACAGAGAGAAUACUAUAUACUUGUCAAAUUAUCUGGUAAAGUUCAAGUCUAGAUCUGUUCAUUAUUGUAUAUGUGGCUAGCUGGGCAACCUAUCCUUUUCUGUCAAAUUUCUCGAUUACAUCGUUAACUUUAUUGUAUUGAGAUAAAAGUCGGAAAUUCAAUAAAGAAAUUUGACAAUAGGUACAGGUAGGUUGGCCGGCUGGCCUCUGCAUACUACAAAUGUUGGAUAACCAACUAAAGAAACAAAAUACCGCGUAACCUGUAAAACAGCCGCUACUUGUCUUGUAGCUCAUCACUCACUUUACAAUAUUUUUUACCUUGCAAGCUAUCUGUACUUCUAUAAUCUUUUCUUUGGUCACACUUAACCACAAAGCCAAAAGUAGCGCCUUUUUUAAAUAUAUAUUUAGAAAACAAAUUCGUAAAGAAAACAAACAAGUUUCACAAUACAUGUGUGUAACCUGCCUACAAUGUACCAGGUGGUACAAUAGCUAUUGUUAGGAAGAACAUUUGUGACUUAAUAAAAAAUCUAAUAGAAAUCAUAUAUCCUGCUUAAUUUUCAUAUCAAACUAAAAUCACAAUUGAUCAUCACUCAUACGAACUAACAUAAUUUUCACCACAGCCGCUCAAUAUCUCAUAGACCUGACAUUUUAGCAGUAUAAGCAAUUUUAGCUUGCACACACGGUGAAACAUACGAGCAAAUCAUCGGAAUGGCACCCACACACACACAGAUUGUGACAUUAACGAAGUCUAUGUAGAUGCACAAAUGGCUGAUUCCUGGCAGCGCAAAAAAAAUUAAAAGUUUUAUAAUACAUGUCGUUAAUUCUACGCACCACUCACUCACCAUUUAUUUCAGUCUAAAUAUUAAUUUAUGCUAUUUAAGUAUUCGAUAAAUGCCUGUGGUUGCAACUCGCACACGAAUUAAAUACAGCGAAUAUUUGCUAAUACAAUAUUGUUGUAGAUUCUUGGUUUCACAUAGAUAAUAAUACUAUAAUAAUUAAUAUUACCUAUUACUUAUUACAUUGGAUUGUGACUUCAAUCCUCGAUGGGGUAGGAAAGGUCUGUGGAAGAUCAGGUUCUGUAAUUUUCAGUUGCCCUUAUCUUGCAACUUGUUCAAAUUACUUCUUAUGUAGCAUACAAACCCCUGUCAUUGAAAGUACUAGACACAUUCGGUUACCGGCUCCAUCUAGUCUUCAUCUAAAACAACAAUGACUGGAAUAAGAGUGUCAUCAACACUAACUCCGUCAUCAUCCGAUAGGUUCACCACAUUAGCAUUAGUGUCGUCCGCACUGUCGAUGCUGUCCAUUGUCUCCGCCUCCUUGUUGUAAAGCGAUAGGACAUCUGAUAUUAUAGGCGACUGAAUCAUUGGGAUGUUUUUACUUUCCUGGCUUUCUUCUUCCUCUCCGAGCGAUUGUAGUACUUCAUCCUCUUCGUCGUCAGUAUGACCGUAAUACUUCUCAUCAUCUUUCUCGUCCUUAGGAACGUAUGUAUUUAUCAGCUGAGUCAAGUUAGCGUCACAUGUGAAUACCUUCGACGGGUCUAUGUCCUCUUUAUUGCAUUCGUGUGCAGAUAUAACUUUGUACGACGUAAAGUAUUUGAGACACCCUUGGCACUGAUUCAGCAAGUGCGCGCGGUAAUGAUUGUGUAAGUUCGGAAAAUCUUCCCCACAAACCACACAUUUCUCUGGCUUCACUACCGUUCUGUAGUGAAGCUUCUUCACAGUCUUAUGAACUAGUUUCAUGUGUUUCAUGAACGGCCCAUAUUUAACAAACUUCUCGCCACAUUUUCGACACUUAAUAGGUUUCUUAUUAUAUUUUCUACUUCGAUGAGAGAAAGCAUGUAUAUUAAAAGCGUCCAUGGUUUUGAACUUCAGUGGACAGAACCUACAAGAUAUCGAGCCUGACCCCUUGUGUAUCUGGUUGUGCAAUCGUUUAGUACUUUUCUUGGUUACAGGUUUAAAGCAGAAUUUGCAUUCUUCAUACUGGAAUGUCUCUUUGUUGCCUACGUAUCCUGUGCCUUCGUCAUCACUUUCAAUGGCACAUAGAUGAUUAUCGAAAUCCCCUCUCGAGUAGAAAUAUUCAUUGCAUUUCUUGCACCUAUUUUCUUCAUGGUAAGCCAAAUGUUUGUGCAGGUUGUAGAAUCUCUUGUUGCAGAUGUGACAGGUUUCUUCGAUAGACUCCUUGGGUUCUAUCACCCAGUCCUUAUCGUCACCGUGUACCUCUUUCAUGUGGUUUAUCAUUUCCUUGAAAGCUACAAAUGUCUCGUCGCAGUGUUCACAUUUCGUUGGAUUGUCCACAUUAAGCUGAUAGAGAUGGUGAUUCUUAUGCUUCCGAUACAUCACCAUCGUGCUAAACUUCCUCGGGCAGUAUAUACAACCGUAGUAUCCAACAGUUCGAUGGUAUAUCUUGUGGGUGCCUAGAGCGUACUCAUUUUCGAAAACUCUAAAGCAAUAAUCACACACGAUCUCUUGCUUGCCAGCAGACAUUUCCCUCUUUACUACAAUACCGUGCUGCGUGCGCAAGUGACAGUCUAACUUCACUUGUACAUGGAAUGCUUUGUAACAGAUGUGGCAUUUUACUUUCUUUGGGUAAACCUCAGUAUCACCUAAAAGCUUUUUCUUUUCGCACGAGAACGUGAGAUGUCCCUCCAAGAAUCGGAGAGAGCUGAAGUAAUCAAAGCAGUAGUUACAUCUUAACGAGUUAUGGUAGUCAAUGUGCCGCUCGUAAUUUCCCUUACUAGCAAGCACUUUCAUACAUAUGGAGCAUUGAAGGUCUUUGAGCGGCCCUGUCAGCGGCAGUUCAGUGCGGUCUGCGAUCCAAUUCUCUAUGAUACUGUGCACGUCGCGCAAGUGGUGAUGAAGCCCGUAACCCUUCACGAACGUCUCGUCACAGUGCGGACACUUGAGCGGGUUAUCUAAAUGCUUCUGGGCCAAGUGGCUCUUUAUGUGGAGAUGGUGAUUUCUAAGCGAUAUAGUUUUCUUUCCACAGAACUUACAUUUAAAGAAUUCGGGCUUUCUCAAGUGAGCUUCCUCGUGAGAUUGUAAUCGUCGUUCAUCUAAGAAUACUUUGGCGCACAAUUUGCAAGAAUAGUAAAGUGGUGACGGAGCGUCGGGGUCGGGUUUGAUCAUUUUACUUUCAGGGUGCGUCCGCCUCAAGUGGCGGAUAAGUUUUACCAAGUCUGGGUAAUACCGCGUACAUAUUGGACAUUUCACUUUGUCCUUUCGGAUUUUUUCUAUUCGUUUUUUGUGCGACUGGUGAUCAAAGUUAUGCCCUUUCACGUGUUUUUGGAAGUAGCCUUCAUGCGUGUAGCCUUUUCCGCAGAUAGUACACUUGAAAGGACCAUUAUCAUCUUCGUAGUGAGAUCGGAUGUGUAGGUCUAACCUUCUUUUGUUUGUAAACUUCACCUUGCAGAUACUGCACUCGUGUCGAGCGCCAUACAGGAACGUUUUGGAAGUGUGCCAGAUCAAGUGAUGUUUCAGUGAGACUUCAGAGUCGCACACUUUGCCGCAGUGGUGGCAGGUGUGGGAACCGUCGAACACGUUUUUGUCAACGGUGCUAGGUAAGGCGUCGCCUACUAUGGUGUUCUGGGCGCUGUCGCCUUUCUUAUAAUGUAUGGCCAUGUGAGAUAGGUAUACUUUCCUGAACUGGAAGACUCGCUCGCAGAUGGAGCACUGAUAGUCCUUGUUCUGGAAGCGCAUCUGCUUGUGGUAAGUCAUGUGCGCCUGCGCGGCCCGCAGGUGCUUGCUGCGUCGCCCGCAAAUGUUGCACGUCAAGUGCUUCGGGUCCAGGUUUGUAUCGUGGUAGUGCUCGCGCAUGUGGAUCUUGUAGUGGCACUGGAACCUGAAUGACUGCAACAAAAAUAUUGUCAAGGAGAAUAUUUGUUUACAAUAAAAUUUAUAACACAUUUUGCCCAUAAUAAAACUACAAAACGCCGUCUUACCUCGUUACAAACAGCGCACUCGUACUUUUUCUGAAUAUUAUUGCCGACACUCGAGUGCCAGUUCACAUGCCUUUUCAAAGAUAUCAGUGUGGGCAUCUUCUUGGCACAUAUGGGACACGUAAAGCCGCUAAGGUCAACCAGCGGCUUGUUCUCUGCGCCCGGAACCUCACCAAAGUCGUUGUGACUCUGGAUCCAGUCCAGGGGUUCCGCUUUUGCCACAACGACUUCACAAAAAUCCGAAGGAUUUACUGACUCUUUCUCUAUAGGCUGCUGUUUUAGUCUGUGAAUUAGUUUUAUAUGAUUUGCUAGGGCUGAACAGCUCUUGAAAGUGUCCUCGCAUUCAGCGCACGUGUAUAAAUUACGAGGCUUCAUGUUCUUUGAUAUGUGGGUUCGAUUAUGCGCGUUGAUAUCGCCGACCUUCAUGUCGAGGUCGCAAAUAAGACAUCGCACGGAGCAGUCCUUGAGGUAGAUUUUGGCACGCUUAUGACCCGAGCUCAUGUUGUGUUUCGUCCUUUUGUGAUGUAGCAGCAGUCGUCGAUACGAGAACUGUUUCUCGCAGAUAUCACAUGUAUUGUCGUCCUCUUCUUGACUAGAUUCUGACUCAGUCUGACGGUAGACUGUCUCACUCAAGAGGCUCGUGGAUGCCUUUUCAGGUACUUCUAUCUUCACCUCCACUGGUACCUCAGAAUGACAUCGUGCUUCAUGAGACAUUAGAGAUUUCUUGUAUUUGAACUCUUUAUCACACAUCGAACAUUUAAGUGAGUUAGUAGGAGUAUGCGCAUGGCUGGGUAGUGAAUGAACAGACAUAGUAUCUUCAAUUGUGCUUGCUCUGAAAAAAAUCGAAAAUUUUAUCCGUUUUACAAGUUUAAUUAUAAUAUACAUUCAGUUAACAAAUGAAAUAUAAAAUCAUACCUCGAUUCAUUGUCAGCGCCAUCAUUCUCAUCGAUAUGCGACAUAUGCGCCGCUAAAUGUUGAAUUAACAUCUCUUGUGAAGGUAGCUUCUUGGAGCACAUCCUGCACUCAUGACACUCCUGAGCUUCUGGCUCCACUGAGGUCUUCGCGUGCAACAUUCUAGGUUCAAAGUGCAUGUUCUUUAUAUGUUGGAAAUACGAGGUCUUUCUUGUCGCCACUUUCUUACAAACAGGACAUUCGUAUGGUUUAGUAUCAUCCUUCUUAGAACACGAAUUGAAAUGUGCAGAAUGAACAUAAUAAUCAUCAAAGAGUUGGCUGCAGUAAAGACAUGGCACUGCGACUUUUUCCCUUUGCUUUUCUUCCCUUUUCAAAACUGCAGCAUGGACUACCUUCAUAUGUUUUGCCAAGUUGUCAGUGGUCUUGAACUUGGCAGAGCAUAUUUCGCAAAUAAUGUUGCGGUUUGCCAUACCGUCGAUUGGUUGUAGGGAGACCAGUAACUCUUUCUGCGGAGAUUUAGCUCGACUCGCUGUGUUCCCACAAAUGUCUACGUGACGCUUCAACAUGAUCUUUAACUUGAAGGUCUUUCCACAUUUAUCGCAGUUCAGUUUGUCCUCUACAUCAGCUGCAUCCUGUGUCUCUACUGGUAUAUUAACGACAGCGUUUUGGCCCAAAGUUUCUUUCUUUUCAUGUAUUCUCUUAUGAUUUAUGAGACUCCUAGGAGACGGAAAUUGUUUGGGACAGUAAUCACACUUAAAGCUGUUUUUUUGAGAGGAAUCGUCGGAAUCUGUUUCGGGUAAGUACGAGGCGCUGUUGUCAUCGUAAUCUGAAUCUAAUUGUGAAGCAUUGCCAGACUGUUUUCUUCUUUUUUGGGUCCUCCUUAGUUCGUCGACACGUUUGGAGCUACCGGGUCGGUAGUCACUGGACGCGCCGCCAAUGGAACCGUUGUCGAUACUAUCCACGCUACGUUUCCUGUUUCUAAUAGUAGGAGUUACUUUUUCUUCAAUGGAAGACGGAGGUUUGGUCAGGUUGGAAGUGUCAGUGUGAUUUGAAAAAGCAGAAUCACUGCUCUGUCUGUUAGGUGGUGGGGGACUGAUGCUAAAUCCUAGAAAUUUAUUGGCAAUCAAUAUCGAGACCUAAAGUAAUCAUAUCUGAUUUGAUUAACAAUCUUGAUUAUGUUUUACCUGGUGGUGGGACAUAGUUGCGGCGUAACUCCUGAUCAGAUCUUUCACACUGCUGUUUGAAGAUGUAUGCACUGCUUAGUUUCUGUAUGCACUCUGAACAUACUUUGUCAGGGAGCCCAUCUCCUUCAUAAAUC